GUUGCCUAUUGCAAUUUGCAAGCAACAAUCCGACCCAACACGAUUACGCGACGAGAUUUGCCAAUCAAAUCAAUCACCCUCAUCUUCAUGUAGCGAUUCUGAGUCCCAAUCCGGGCGUCGACACAGUCGCGGGUCCGCUUCAAUCCCCGAUGGAGCCCUCGCCAUCCUCCUCCUCGCCGCCGCCCGCGCGCCGGUGGCCGCCGGAGGUGAGGAGGGUGCGGAAGCGGGCGCUGGAGGAGGUGCUGGAGCAGGUCCAGCGGGCGGUCGAGAUGCUUCGCGAUGCCGACCCUGAUCUCGGCGUGUCCCUCCUCUCGGAGGACACCGGAGCGGCGCCGCCGGAGGGCGAGGACCGCAAGGGCGGUACCGGUGACGAUGCAGAUGACGGGGCGACGUCGUCGGUGGCGAGUGACUCCGACUACGAGACGGCCCAGAUGUGUGACCUUCUUAAAUCUAAGGUUGAAUCGCUUGAGUUUCUUAAAAAGCUCGAGGGUAUUCAGAAGUCAGUAUAUCAAGAUGGUGCAGUUGAACCUGAUAUAUCAUGGGAUAUAGUGAAGGCAGUGGAUUUGUGGGAAGAUGAUGACCCAGAUGAUGGGUAUGUUCUUGUUAAGCAGGAGGACGUAGUUGAUGGGAUCACUUCCUUUAUGGCCGCAUACUUGUUAUCGCUCAAAAAAACUAAGGACCUGUCUCCUGAUCAACUUCAGAAUGCGCUUCAGAAAACAUUUUCAGCUGAAAAGAAGAAAAGCAGAAUCAGGAAGGCCUGGGAUGGGACUAAAGUCAUUUAUAAUGUUGCUUCAUGGGGCGCUACAGCUGUUGGCGUCUACAAUAACCAAGCAUUACUUACGGUCGCAACUACAGCCUUUCGGACGUCCUACCGUGUGAUAUCCAAGUUUCUGUGAAUAUUGUGUCAACAGCUAUGUUACAGUUAAUCGCGCGUGCUUUCCAUUGUUCAGGUAGAGGAUAAUACAAAACUUGAAAUCAUUUGUUUAGUACGUUCUGAUGCUGGGAACCUGUGUUGGCGAGUGAGAUAAUGAUUUACAGUACAAUUGUUAUAUUUAGCAUUAGUAUAUCACUCAACUGUAAAUAUUCCAUUCGUUUGAAUAAAACUUUGUACCAGAAAAACUCAACUUGCCCGAGUUAUUCAGAAAUAUUCUUGCUGUU